GGAGGUUUGAAUGGCGGCGCCGCCGAGGAGGAAGAGGAGGCAGAGGCCGGGCGGGCUAGGCGCCGCGGGGCCGGAACAUGACACUCAAGAGAAGAUCAACUUUGAGGUCCACAUGCGAGAAGGCAUCUGCAAACUGCUCUCAGUGAGCACGCACAAGGAGCAGCUCCUGUGUGCGGUGAAGAACCUGAUGGUUUGCAAUGCUCGCAUACGGGCCUAUGGGGCAGAGCUGCAGGGCCAAAAGGAGGACCCCAGUCUGGGAAGGACUGAUGACCAGUCUUCAGAAAACGGGACAAAGGACUGGAUGGCAUGCAGAGCAAAGAUUGCUAUAUCAGAUGUUCGAAUACCAUUAAUGUGGAAACGCUCUGACCACUUCAGCAAAAAAGAAAAAUCACAGCGCUAUGCAGUGUUUUGUUUAUUCAGAAUGGGGGCUGAGGUUUUUGAUACUGAAGUGACUAUUGUGGAUGAAGCAAUAACAGAUAUCUGUUUUGAAAAUGUUACCAUAUUUGAUGAAGCAAGCCCAGAUUUCCAGGUGAAGGUUGAAGUAUAUAGCUGCUGUAUAGAGGAGUCUUUAUAUAUAACAAGCACUCCUAAGAAACUGGCAAAGAAACUUAAAAUGUCCCUCAGCAAAGCUACUGGGAAGAAACUCAAAGCUGCACUGGAGGAAGACAUCACUGAACCCCUUUUGCCUGCUGACCCAGUCGUUCAUGGAGCAAAGUACAGUUUGCUAGCAUCCACCACUUUGGGGCUGGAAAGUGCUGAGGACAAUUUCAGGACCCACAGCCUUACCAUUACAGGAAAUGAGGAAUCCUCUUUUUGGCUACCCCUGUAUGGAAACAUGUGUUGCCGUUUAGUUGUCCAGCCCUCCUGCAUGGCCAAGGAUAUGAUGGCAGGAUUUCUAAAUCAGCAGCAAAUGGUAGGAGGUGUAAGGAGCUGGAGGAGGCUGUAUUGCAUACUGAGAGGUGGAAAACUCCUUUGUUAUUACUCACCAGAAGAAGCUGAGGCUAAAGUGGAGCCAGCACUGACAGUUUCCAUCAACAAGGAAACCAGGAUUCAAGCUGUUGAUAAGGACUCCAAGAGAAGAGCUAACAACUUCUCUGUUAUCAACCCCGUGUCUGGAGAGGGUGUGACGCAGCAUUUUGCUACUGACAGUAGGAAUGAACUUCACAAAUGGAUGGAGGCUUUCUGGCAGCACUUUUAUGAUCUGAGCCAGUGGAAACAUUGUUGUGAGGAACUUAUGAAAAUUGAGAUUAUGUCACCACGGAAACCAUCUUUGUUCUUGACAAAGGAAGCGACCUCUGUCUACCAUGAUAUGAGCAUUGAUUCUCCAGUAAAACAUGAGGGCUUAGCUGAUAUCAUACAAAGGAAAAUUGAAGAGAGUGAUGGUGAGUUCCUACUUGGCCAGGAAAAAGAGUCUGCAUCUGCCCUAUGGGCAUCACUCUUUGAUGGAUCUCAUGAGAUGACUGUUGAGAAAAACAUGCAUCUGGACCCCAAAAGAUAUACUACAAGUCCUAAUGGCAGCAGAGGAAAGAAUAGAGCUCCAUCUCCACCCUCUGAUAAGUCACCAUACAGUGCAAAAGCACAGGUGAGCACAGAGCAACUGGACAAGGAAAACUGGAGGAAGCCUGACCAUACAUCUGCCAGUAGCUCUUCCUUUGAGUCAGUGUUAUCUACAAAAAUGCAGCAGCUGCAAACCCCUAUUGCUCCUCCUCGCAAAAUUGGUCCUUCUGGAAAAAGUGUUUUAGCUGGCCUGGGGAAUCCCAUUUCUCUGCUGAGCAAGACCAAGUCUGAAACCAAACCAGUACCCUAGACAGAAGGGCAUCACAGAAAUACUAGACCCCAGGUCCUGGAUGCAUCCAUAGGCAUCAUAUUUAGCUUAAAGGAGUCUUUGGAAUUUAAAGUUUCUCAGCAUUCUCCUAAUACUCUUCAUUAAAACUCUUCAUUUAGCAUAUAGCUCAAGUGUUUCCUGUAAUCCAGGACAUUACUGCUAGCUGCAGUCUCAGCUGUAUUCACUAGUGCUCAUCUAAAUAAUUGCGGGGGUGAGUGGGGUCUGUCUCUGUCUGGAGUAACAGUGCUAUUUCUGAAAACAAUAGUUCAGUACUUUCCUCUUGAAAAAAACCACAGUAUUCAGGGUAACCUCAGUUGUCCCCACAGCAGGGAUGUUACCAGUGCCUCCUACCAGUCCCUCAGCCUAGCCCAGCCACAGCUCCUCAGACUACUUAAGUGGGAAUUCGCACAUAUUUCAGCACAGAUCUUGCAAAGCUGAUUUUCUUGGCCUUCAUGCUUGCUGCAUCUUCUCUCUCCCUUCCUGUUUAGGAAACACUGCUUAUAUGGUAAUCAAGUAUGAAAAGCUUUUGUGCUGUUCUGAAUGGCUCUGUAACACCAUAUGAAUUUCUGAGGCAGUUCUAUCAAUUUAGUGUGAGAUUUCCCAAGUUCCUGCUGGUUCAUGUGCUACUGGAAUGUACCAGGGUCUUUAAGCAAAGAUGUGAUCCAUCACUGCUGUUUAUUUUGGGCUAAGACAAGGGUUUAAAAGCAGUUGCUGGGUAUGCACAUGUGCUCAUCUUACGGUUGCUUUUCCUGACAAACCUGGCUCCUGACAAACCUGGCUCUGUAACACAGCUCCUCCUUUGUGGAGCCUCUCAGCUGUUCCUGGUAGUGAACUGGUUUGUAAACAGGCAGUGUUACUGGAAAGUAAACAGGUUUUUCACUACUUGUUCUUUCUGCAAUAGCAGAGAAGAAGCACUUCAGGUGACGAUACUGAGCUUCGAUAUUCUUUCAUCAGACUGUUCACCACUUCUGUAAGAAGUAUGGGUUGUUAGGGUUCCUGUGGCACCUCCAGCACAUCUACUGCAUAAGGAAAAGCUGUAUGCUCUCAGAUCCACAGUUUAAAUGCCCAACAGUUUCCUUGGUUGAUGCAUUUGUCUCAGAUGCUGGAACUUAUCCAAAGACAAAGGUCUGCUUGCAGUUCUCCCUCUGGAGUCUUGGUGCUCAGACCUGUGUUGAGAGGGUCAUAUAAGCAACUGUAUACAUACAGUUCAUUUUUAUUAUUUUUUUUCCAAAGUUUGGAUGACUCUGGGAGCUUUACCAUUUCUCCAGAAGACACUGUGGGCAUGGUUGGUUGAUUUUAUCUAAUUUUUUUGUCUUCUGCUAAGCUCUUGGCUGCACAGUUGUAAAGGUAUUUGCUGAAUUCCCUCAGUAGUUCAUUUGGGAUGGGGUUUCAAGGCAAGUUUCAUUUACAAAUCCUUUUGCAGGAUUAGAGCCCUUUGUUCUAGAAUGUCCUUGUUCAUUCUUUGUUUAAUCACAUUCCAUUUUCCCUCUGAAACAACCAUAAUCAUUCUUACAAUAAAUCAUGCUCUUACUUAAGUGGAUGGUUUGUGAAGAGCUUAUAAAUAGGAACAGAAAAACUGAAGAAAAACUACAUGAUUAUGUAAAUCAGACAGUGAACUAAGUGGACUGUACAACUCUGAGCAAGAAAUGGGAAAAAUUUGGGCAUGGGGGGAAUCAUAUUUUCCAAAAUGCAACUGCAGUUUAUUUAGUUUUAAAUCUAGCCCUAAAUGUUUCUGUGCUCAGAAAGAAAAAAAACAACUUUUAUUGGUAACCCCCUUUCAUUUUGUAGUUAUAGUUAAAAAAAAACCCUCAUAAAUAUAUGAGGCAUAUAUACGAGGCACCAUAAUAAGGAUUUAUUUUUAAAUUCAGCAGGCCAUUGAACUUCAACAAGCAGUUUCUCUAUUAAAUUCAGUGGCUUUGUUUUGAACUGUACAAACAUAUUUUUGCAAGGCAUUUAAUAUUAAUUUGAAGUCUUCAAGUGAUGAGAAUUCACUCAUACCUCCUGUUGCAAUACUUAAUUACCCUAGGUACAUUUUUCACUUGAUUUUCUAUUUGCAUUUCUAGCUCCACCUUAGGUUAUUUUGGUCUUUUUAUGCCUUUGAUUGCUUAUAUUGAUCUCUGUAGUAUCAGCUUUUCUAAUUGCCUGUGUGUAGUUAUAAAUCAUGAUUAUGUCCCCUUUAACCUUUUCUCUGAUGAGAUGUACUGAAUUCCUUAACUUUCCUAUGGCAGUGAAUGUUAUCCAAGACUAAUUAAUCUUCACAUUCUUCUCUGUAAUUCUCAUAUGUAGAAAUAUUUGUAAGGGUGACAUCUGAAUUAGAUGAUGCAUGUCAAUAGUGAUCCAUCAGGACUGUAUAGAGCCAUAAUGUGAUGCUUUUACUCUGAUUAAUAUCUUGCUCACUUUCUUUCCUUAAAAAUUACAUUAUCUUUUUAUUGGUAGAAGCACUGCCUUAGAUGCUGACUUUUAUGGGCCAAGUCCUCUUCAGAGUCUUUCUCAAGAAUAUGGUACAUCAUCCUCUUAUUACCUUACCUUAUAUUUUCUUGGAAAUACACAUUGUAUUUUGCCAGCAUUAAAAUACUGCUCAUGAAGUGAUCCAGAUUGCUCUGUGUAAGUAACCUGUCCUCAUUCUUUACUACUCCAGCAGUCUGCAUUUCCUUUGCAAAUUUAUUGCAAAUGAUUUUUACAGUUUAUUAUAUAUAUCAUACAUUAUAUAUAUCAUUGAUUUUUAAAAUUGAAUGCAAGGCAAGGUUUGUAGAGAGAGGUGGUAAAUUUUUAUUACAGCAGUGACGUGUAGGUAAGGGGUGGGGAAAAGCAAACAGACAGGCCAUUGAUUUCUGUCCCGUUUAUCCCAGAGCCUUUACCUACUUUGAGUAAGGUGGCAAACAGCUAUAUUUCUUGCUGAAUCCCUAUUAAUACUGUAUCUUGAAAUUAUUACUAUGAUAUUUUAAAGAAAAUUACAUGUUCAUCUUGUUUUCAGAAAGUUACUUGGGGUUCUUGUGGGUAACACCUCAGUGCAGGUGUCUUUGGAAGCCAAGCUUAAUAUAUCAAAGAGUAAAAUGUAACCUGAUGUUCAGUACCUAUUCUCUGUGAAGCUGUGUCAAUAUUUUAUAUCGAUCCUUAAAUUAGACUCAUGUGAGCCAGCUCAUGAUAUUGCAAUGACCAUCACUAAGCAAACAAGGCCAUUGAUUAUUCUGUUCAUCUGCUUCAGAACUAUAUAAUCCCUAUUCUGAAGAAUGAGUUGAUUGUUGAUUUCAGGUAUUAGUAUUUACUGUUACUUCAUCUUUCUUUUCUUCCCCGCCUGUUCCUGCCUUCUGUAUUGCUAUUAUUGCCUUUGCAUCUUCUGUGAAGCAAGUUGGUUUAGCCAAUAAAACCUGCAGCUACCAGGAAACGCAGAGCUCAGCUAUACAAUAAAGUCAGUGCCCCUCAAGGAACUGCUGCUCCCUGGCAGUAGAUGAGAAUGUAAUGUUUCACCAUCUUAACAGCUGCAUUUGAUCAUGAGGAUGCUUUAAUUGCAUGACUCAAAAUAGCAGUAAUCAAAACCCAAAAGUCAUUUGGCAGCCUCCUGCUGGGAUAAGGCUUGGAGGACAGCAGAAGGCCUGUGGCUUCUCCAGCCCUUUGUGUCCCACUCCCUUGUGUUCGAAUUUGUGUAGGCAAGUUGGAAUACUAUCACCUAGCAGGGAAGUCCAUUGAGAAACACAUCUCCCAGGAUGAAUGGCUUAAACAAUCCGGUGUAGCACAGGGAGGAUGUUGGUAGCACCUGCUGAACUAUGCAUGGGAUUAGAGGCUUUUCUGAGGAAUGUGUCAGGCCUGCUCUGAAAACUGUACCUGUUUGUUCUCUGCUGGGAUGAAUUAAUGCUGCUUAAAACCAGAAUUAAGUGAUUGGAUGCAGUCUUGAAGUGGGGCAGAGACAGGAGUCAGCCUGAACUUUUCUUAUAAGAAGUUCAGCUUGAAAGUAAUUGCUAGUUCAAACUUGAAUAUAAAUUUCACAGAACAUGAACUUAUGAAAUAUUGACUGAACAAAGACUUAAUUUAUUAACUUUUUAUAUUUACCUAAUGCCUUCAGCUGUUUACUUGGUCUUGGAGUGGUAGAUGGUACCUUCUGUGGUUUUAAAGGUAUUACCUUCAAAUGCUUAGAUUUUUACUAGGAUUGUGAUUUUUAUUUUCAUAUGGUAAUAAUACUAAUAGUUAUUUUAUGGUGGCUUGUAUGUAUUUGGAAAUACUGCCAUAGUAUUCAGUGGAUUUUUAAUUAAUGCAAACUGCCAUAAUA